AUGAACACAUUUGUAUUACUCCCUUACAUCAUCACUGUAUUUCUUUGCACAUCAUCACGCGAAACGAGCGCACAACAGUCCUGUCCUCCCGGGACCUAUAAUACAAACAUAGGUUCCAACUCACCUCAAGCUUGUGCCAAAUGCCCCGUUGGUUCGUACAAUCAAUACAGUGGACGAAUUUCAUGCACCACUUGUAUAUGGGGCUAUUAUUGUGAUACUGUGGGAGCUACUGAUCCAAAACCAUGUCCAAUCGGAACUUAUAAUCCAACCACACGUUCCGUCUCAUCUCAAGCUUGUCUUAAAUGUCCUGUUGGUUCGUACAACCAAUAUAUCGGACGUUUCUCAUGCACCCCUUGUAUAUGGGGCCAUUUUUGUGACAAUGUUGGAACUAUUCAUCCUAAACCGUGCCCACUCGGAACAUAUAAUCCAAGCACAGGUUCCAUGUCGUCUCAUGCUUGUCUUAAAUGCAAUGUUGGUUCAUACAAUCAAUAUACUGGACAACCGUCAUGCACCACUUGUAUAUGGGGCUAUUUUUGCGAUACUGUGGGAGCUACUCAUCCGAAACCAUGUCCAAUCGGAACUUAUAAUCCAAACACAGGUGCAAUCUCUUCUCAAGGUUGUGUUAAAUGUCCUGUUGGUUCGUACAAUUCAUAUAUUGGACAAUCCUCAUGCAGGACUUGUAUAUCGGGAUAUUAUUGUAACAGUGUCGGAGUCACUGAUCCAAAACCAUGCCCAGUCGGAACUUAUAACCCAAACCCAGGUUCUCUCUCGUCUCUAGGCUGUACUAAAUGCCCUGUGGGCUCAUACAAUUCAUAUACUGGACAAAUUUCAUGUAGGACUUGUAUUUUGGGUUGUUAUUGUGACACUGUUGGAGCUAAUAAUCCAAAGCCAUGUGCAGGCGGAACUUAUAAUCCAAACAUAGGUUCGAACUCCUCUCGAGCUUGUGUUAAAUGUCCUGUUGGUUGGUACAAUCCAUAUACUGGACAAAUCUCAUGUAGGACUUGUAUAUCGGGCUAUUAUUGUGACGUCGUUGGCGCUACUGAUCCAAAACCAUGUCCACUCGGUACUCAAAAUCCAAAUAGAGGUUCCAGCUCCUCUCAAGCUUGUGUUAAAUGCCCUAUUGGUUGGUACAAUCCAUAUACUGGACAAAUCUCAUGUAGGACUUGUAUAUCGGGCUAUUAUUGUGACGUCGUUGGUGCUACUGAUCCAAAACCAUGUCCACUCGGUACUUAUAAUCCAAAUAGAGGCUCCAACUCCUCUCAAGCUUGUGUUAAAUGCCCUGUAGGUUCGUACAAUAAAAACACUGGAGCAUUCUCAUGUACCACUUGUAUGCGUGGCCAUUUUUGUGACACUCAAGGAGCUACCGGUCCAAAGCCAUGUCCAGCGGGAACUUAUAAUCCAAAGGUAGACUCAACCUCAUCUCACGCUUGUAUCAAAUGUCCUGUUGGUUCGUACAAUAAAAACACUGGAGCAUCCUCAUGUACCACUUGUAUACGCGGUCAUUUUUGUGACACUCCAGGAGCUACGGGUUCAAAGCCAUGUCCAGCUGGAACUUAUAAUCGAAAGGUACGUUCAACCUCGUCUCGAGCUUGUAUCAAAUGUCCUGUUGGUUGGUACAAUCGACUUCCUGGACAAUCCUCCUGCCUGAAAUGUCCGACCGGCCGUUCGUGCGUCUAA